AUGGCGACCGAAAGCAAUGACAUCGCCGAUAACACAAGGUUAUUAGAACUACUAGAUUCGAUAGAAGAUCAGUUUCUAGUGACAUAUAAAAAAUCAGAAGAUUUGCAUAAAAUUUCCUCCACUACUAAGUUACAAGAUUCUACUCCAAUCAAAGAACUUGGUAAAUUAGCUUCUGUAUUAAAAGCACAUUGCACAAAGAUUGGGAUUGUGUGUAAGCCAGGUACUUUCGAUAACAAUCACAAAGUCGUCUUCACCGAAAUUCAAAGCUUUAGCAGGUCGUUAUUUUACUUAUUGAGUCUAUUUCCUUUGUUUUACAACAGUGAAGAUUAUCCGAAAUAUUUUUCAGACCAGCUUGAUGAGAGCACAUUGCAAUUACUUGAUGGUUUGAGAAACUUCAUUGCGGAGUUACAAAAAAGACUAAAAGAUGAAGAUGAAGCUUCGCUAGAUAAAGAAAGAUUAACAUCUGUUGGUAAAAUUUUCAAUGCGUGCGAUUUCCUUUCCAACUGUUCCAAAAUCGGGCCCUGCGGGGUCUUGGCAGAUAUCCUUAAAGGCAACGUGGAUAUAAUGGAUGAUACACUGGAUGAAAUAAAGGAAUGGCUAGAGGAGCCGGAUUUUUCAGCGACCUCGAACGAUAUGUUUUUAGAUUUCGAAGAUUCUGAAUCUGAAACGGAGGUGAAAGACGAGGACUUUGACCAAGAAAAGGCGUAUGAAUGCAUAAAGUUAUUUUUCGAUGGGUUCACGAAGAAGAUAAAGAUGAUCAAAUUAUUGGUGUCAAUAUUCAGGAAAACUCUAGUAUCAAAGGACUUCAAGCCCAAGAAAAAUCAAGCAAUAACUUUAGACAAUUUGCACUCAUCAAUAAAAAAAGCACAGCUGCUUCUGGAUGAAGUAGUAUCUACCGUGCAAUUUGAGCCAAAGAAAUUUAGCGCUCAAGAGGUGAAGGAAGAACAAGCUGAGUUAGGAGGUGUGAUUAAAAAAACUCUUGUCCAAAUGAACAGGCUCUAUGAAGGUGAUGCCAAAAGGAAGAAGUGGAUUCAGGUAUGGGAGACAAAAUUUAACGAACUACCAUAG